AUGGAGGUGUCCGAAGGACCGGAAGAACCGGACGAAACGGAAGCAACAGAGGACACCGGCGAGCCAUGCGAGCCCGGCCCUGCCCAAGGUGAUCUGGACAGAGAGUUGCUUGGUGCACUCUUCAAGACAGUGCGCCAACGUUGCCUUGCCGCCAGAGCCAGCAUUGCAGCGUCAUCCGUGAAGCUGCAGACGUUGCAACGCGGACGUGUUGCCAAAGUCGAGAUGAUGAAGAUGCGCGAGGCAGCAAAAUGCUUUGAAACUGUGGCUCCCGCGCUCAAGAGCCUUGUGCUACGGAUUCGCCUCGCAAGUUUCGAGGAGCAGAAAGCCGUUCGGCGGCUGCAAGAAGCUUGUCGGGUGGCAGUUUGCAAGCGGCGUGUUCAUGGUCUUUGCAUCCGGCGCCUGCAAGCUCUGCUUGUUGGACUGGAAAAGAAGGUCGAGGCCCAGCAAUUGCUUUCUCGAUUGCAGAUGCGUCGUCGGAUGCGAGAGCAUCCUGAAAGUCUCUUGCGAGUAGCAUUAAAGGCUGUGCAGCUGCGAAGGCAACUCGCAGAAAGAAGAGAACAUGAAGCCGUGUCUUGUAUCCAAGCACGUGCACGUGGUGGUUUCGAACGUGCACAGCAGAGGACCGAAAAGGAGCAAGUUGCCAUGCAGACCGUGAGGGAUGUUUGUCGGCGAUUUGCUGCUCAGCAGAGCUUGCGUGCAGUCAGGCAGAGGCAGCUGCUGCGAGAUUCAUCUGAUCUCUGGAGAUCCGUGAUUCAAACUUACAAGAAACGAUCCCAAUUGGCUUUCCACUUGCUCUACAGUCGGGCAAGUGCGAAAAUAACUGCUAUGUGGCGUGGGGCUUUGGGACGACGGGCUGCGCGGAAAGUUCGGUUUGAGAAAUCGGCUCAGGGCGCCUGCAACACCCUCAGGAGCUUCCUUCGGUGCUACUGGGCACGAGAGACUCUCCUCGGUCGACGGCUGGACACAGACUAUGCAGAGAACCAGAGGACCUUCUGCACGGCGCUGAGAACCCUCAAGAUGCGGAUGCGGUUUUGCCGUUCAGUCGACGAGGCCCGCAAGCGGGCUGCCAUGGAGGUGCUCUCCAGGUACGUGAAAGGCAUGUACAUCCGCAGUGGUCGUGUUUUCGAUUGGGAGAAGUAUGCAAAGAGGACGGGUCGUCGAAUUACCGACGACAUACGCGAGCGUAUGGCCUCUGACAAGGCAGAAGUGGAAUGGGCAAUCCGUGUUCGCAAGCACGUGCUCCGCGUGAGGGUUGAGCUCGAGGAUGAGCGGCUGCAAGUGGCUAACAUGGCCGCGCUGCAGUUGCAACGGAGUUGGAGAGCUCGGCAAGUGAGGCUCCAGCACUUCAUGUCCAGGUUGGCCUUGCGGCUUGCUGCUGAGCGUCAGGCCCUACUGGCACUACAGCGAUCGGAGGUGCAGGCGAUGCACAGCAUGAGCUCAGAUUCUGUUCAAGGAGCUCUCCGGCCUUUUCAUGUGCAAGUGAUGUGCGCUCGGCCGUAUCCUCCUCGGGACUGGGUCGCGUCCCUGUCUGAAGCCCCAGAGCCUGUGGUGGACGUGGACGCCGCCGACUCCUUCGCCAUCCUUGCCGGCCGCAGUGGGACGGCUUAUUGUUUGCCAAGCCACGCAAAUGCCGAGCUGAUUGGCUCGCCCGAGCCGCUAAAGCUGAAGGGGCCCUUUGUGCUGCAGCACCAUCGCCUCCUUGCAGCAAGCCCCAGUGUCGUGCAGGUCUCGUGUGGUGCGCACCAUGCGCUUCUGAUGACAGGAGACGGCCUUUGCUUUGCGUGGGGCAAGAACGAUUGUGGGCAAUGUGGCAUUGGAUGGCCGCGCCCCGAACAGCUGGAGCAAAGGGUGGUGGCCGAAGCGACGUGCUUGCAGCCGUGGGCGGCGACGCAUGGAGUUGCAACUUCGGAGAUGCGUUCUGCUGGCCUCUUGGAGCCACAGCGCGGUGAGAGCCUCACAGCUGCUUGUGCUUCUGGUGCCGUCUUGCCUCGCCUGCGAAGUGUCUCAGCUGGACCCCAGACGAACCUUGCUCUGGAUUGCGAUGGACAAGCUUGGGCAUGGGGGUCCAGAACAGGAUUGGGCCUGAAUCCCUGGAUGCCGCUGGCACAGCCUCGUGCUGCUCCAUCCAAGGGCACCGUGCGGCCGGGUGCAGAUGGGAGUCGACAUCCCACAGCCUGCCCCUUUCUGCUUUUCCAGGUCAUUAAGGCCACUGAAACGGGAGCUUCAAGGAGUUCGAAGAGUGUAGAAUUGCAGGAGUUGGACUUGAAGGAGUUGCCAGGCAACGUGCUUGUGCCGACUUUACUUUGCAACCUCACGCCGCUGGAAGGCGAAGGCUCUUCGCGCUCCGUGUCCUCGGCGCUGCCGGAAGCAGUGAUCCUUCACUCAAAGGGGGGUAAGCCCCAAGCUAUCUUGACUCCCGCAGCAGGAGCAGGAGCAGGUGGUGGUCGAAGUGAGAACUUCUUCGUCAGCGCGGUGGACACCGAGCAUGCAAGUUUCGCAGUUACGGCCCGUGGCGUUGCAUACAGCUGGGCCGCCCAGGGAGGAGAUAUCCUCGGACGUUCUGGUGCAAGCAAUGCGCCGGCUGCAAUCCCGACCUUCGUGCAGCUCUCCAUCUGCGUGACAUGUAUCAGUGCAGCUGUAGACCACGCACUUGCCUUGACUGCACAUGGGCGUGUUUUCACCUGGGGCACUCUUGAGGCUUCCGUGGGGACUGAGCGGUUCCAGCGGCGUUCGUUCACGCAGCCCAU